AUGGGGAUGCCGACCGGUGGUCCUUCAUCAAAUCCCCUAGUCAAUAUUACUAAUCCACCAGAAAGCAAUCUCAAUUUCAACAUUCCCAAUACCAAAUCUCCAUCCUAUGCUUCUUCUGUCACAGAUCCCUCUUGUCAAGAACAAGGAAUAGUGAUGGCGCGAAGAACUACACACAAUGGGCAGCCAGCACUGGUCUUCAAAGCUUCAAAAUAUUACGGUGCUAUGACAUCCCUGUGUAGAAGAACGAUUGUAGGAAGAUUUCUGAAAUCUCGCCCACAAAUUGACAUUCUCAUAUCAAGGUUCUGUGAAACUUAUCCUCUAAAAAGGACAGUUAACAUCGGUGUUUUUGACAAUUUCAAUAUCUUUCUUACUUUUAACAAAGAUGCGGAUCUCAAUUUUAUAUUAUAUAAAAGGGUUAUUGAUUUAGAAGGUUAUCAAAUAUGGUUGCAAAAAUGGACUCCGGAUUUCAAGCUAGAGGAAGAUACACCUAUCGUCCCUGUUUGGGUUUUACUUCCAGGUCUUCCUUUCCAUAUGCAUAAUUGGAAUUACGUCAAACAGAUCGCUAGUGUUGUUGGUACUCCAAUCGAAAUAGAUGUAGCCGCCAAAAAUAUGAAUAGACCUAGUAUGGCUAAGGUAAGAGUGGAAAUUAAUCUAUUGAAGCCUCUAAUUCAUUCUAUUUGGGUGGAAACUGAAGAUGAGAAUUCCCCCUUGAGAGGAUAUUCUCAAAAAAUUGAGUAUGAAAACAUUCCCAAAUAUUGCAAACAUUGUAAGAAGCUUGGGCAUUCCAUGAUCGACUAUCGUGCGUUAAUAAAGAAAAAAGAGAUGGAAAAAAAGGAGGCACAACAGAAGGCUCAGCUAGACAAGGAACACGAGCAUAUCGAUGCUACAGAGCAACCAAAAUAG